UUGGGGAAAACCAAUUGCUCCGUUAACCGACGGCGUAAGAAACGACCUAACACGCAUCUCUACAGACUCUACACCAUAUGCAUUAUCGUUCAAACUAUCACGCUGCACUCACCGGGUCAACUCGACUCAGUUCCACCUCAACAUCCACAUAAAACCAUCACCGUUCACCAGAGAAUCUCAGUCGUAACGCCGCCAACAGAUGUCGCCGGUGAAGAGAGAAAUCAUUGACGAAUCUGCUCAUCACGACGAACAACAACGUCCUCCUAACAAGCGAUCUAAGCAGCAACACGAUAAUGGUGCAAAUGGUUAUACCGUAGCACAAAUGCAAUUCAAUCCAUUAGAUGAGCCGAGUCCGUUAGGGUUACGCCUGCGGAAAACGCCAUCUCUUUUGGAUUUAAUUCAAAUGAGGCUUUCCGAAGGACACACUUCUUCUAAAGCUGUAGCGCAUGCUACAAAAGACCACAAAACUACUACUACGACUACUGCUACGGACAAACUAAAGGCCUCAAACUUUCCCGCAUCACUCCUUAAGAUAGGUACCUGGGAGUAUACAUCUAAACACGAAGGCGAUCUGGUGGCAAAGUGUUACUUUGCGAAGCAUAAGCUUGUAUGGGAAGUUCUUGAUGGUGGCCUCAAGAAUAAGAUUGAAAUUCAGUGGUCUGAUAUCACUGCUCUAAAGGCAACUUACCCAGAUGAUGGUCCCGGAACACUAGAUAUAGUGUUAACUAGGCAGCCUCUCUUCUUUAGAGAAACAAAUCCCCAGCCUAGAAAGCAUACGUUAUGGCAGGCGACAUCAGACUUUACAGGUGGACAGGCUAGCAAACACAGGCGUCAUGUUCUACAAUGUCCACAAGGUUUAUUAGGCAAGCAUUAUGAAAAGCUCAUUCAGUGUGACCCGCGUCUUAACUUUCUGAGUCAGCAAAUAGAAUUAGCAUUGGAAUCCCCAUACUUUGAAAAAAGAAGAUCGGUGUUUGACGAACCAAACGAAUCCAUUGAACAUACUUUGAGUAGUGAGGGUCCCACCGCUGUUGACUUACGUGGCACAACAUCGUCAGGAGGUCAGUCUUCUUCUUCUAGAAGCGAGUUCCUUGAUCCUUCCGGUGGACCUUCAGAAUUCCUGCGCGAAACACCUUCUCCUAGCUCAGUGAUGGACACCUCAGCAAGUGAAGAAACAAGAACAGCUGAGAUUAAGGCAUUGACGGGCCUCGUACCGGGGCUACACCCGUCUAUGUCAAUGAGUGAUUUGGUAAAUCACAUUGAAAACCAAAUCACGAAAAACCGAACACCCGGUGACCAACAUCCUCUUUCUCACGAAGAACAACAAAGCUUACAUAUCCUUGAAGAUAUCAGUCGUUGCUUGUUCAACGAUUCGCAGUAUACGUCAACUUCUGAUGAAAAGUCCAUAAUGUCUAGAGUCGACUCACUUUGCUGUCUGUUACAGAAGGACCCCACAACAGUUCAUGAUACUGAAACUGACAAUGGCUAUGAAAAGGGUCCGGAUGAGUCAAACCCGUUUACUGAGUCAGGUAUCGGAAGCAAGGUUCCGGAAGAUUCUUCUGAGGAAGCGGGUGGGAAUAAGACGACACCUGGCAUCCCGAGGAACGAUUCUGUUGGGGAGUUGUUGCUGAAUCUUCCUCGGAUAGCGUCUCUACCCCGGUUCUUCUUCAACAUUUAGAUGUCGAGUCACUUUGCUGUUCGGCUAAAUGCAAAAACAAAGUUUUGAGGCUUAAUUGAACAAAACGUGAAGUCCAUAUCAUCAAACCUAUUCUUCCAUGGCUUUUGUAUUGGAACGUUGUGACGAGUUUAGUUAGAGUGAAGAAUAUAUAUGCACAGAUGAUGUAGCUUUUGUUUUUAAACCUUAUGAUUAUGUACAUAAAUGAUGUUUUUAUCAGAGAUUCGAGGGCCACAAGACGUUACUGGUCCAUUUAUUACGAAA